AUGGAGAAUACUACAAAGGUGACUCAUUUUAUUCUGGUGGGUCUAACCAACACUGCAGAUCUUCAGAUUCCACUCUUUGUCUUGUUCACCCUCAUUUACCUCAUCACUCUGACUGGAAACCUGGGGAUGAUGGUGUUAAUCAUGUUGGACUCUCGUCUCCACACUCCCAUGUAUUUUUUCCUCAGUAACCUGUCUUUUGUGGACUUGUGUUACUCUACAACCAUCACUCCCAAGGUCAUUGCUGGCUUCCUUAUACAAGACAAGGUCAUCUCCUACAAUGCCUGUGCUGCUCAGAUAUUCUUUUUCAUAGCCUUGGCCACUAUGGAGAUUUUCCUCUUAGCCUCUAUGGCUUAUGACCGCUAUGCAGCAGUGUGUAAGCCUCUCCAUUACACCACCACCAUGACGACAAGUAUGUGUGCUCGCCUGGUCAUAGGCCCCUACAUCUACGGUUUCCUGAUGUAUUUCCAGCCGAGUUCCAACCAUUCCAUGGACACAGAUAAAAUUGCAUCUGUGUUCUAUACUAUGGUCAUCCCCAUGCUGAAUCCUGUGGUGUACAGCCUGAGAAACAAAGAAGUCAAGAAUGCAUUCAAGAAGGUUGUUGAGAAGACAAGAUUGUCUGGAGGAUUGAGCUUUUAA